AACACUACAAAUCUAUUACAUUUAUUGAGAUAUGUCCCAUGGAUCAAUGAGGUACUUUCAAGAUAAAAACUCCAAGUCAGGACAAGCCUCCAAAACCAUUAAUCAUACAAGAAUUGAUAGCAUAUCGUCGAUAGAAGAGAAGUAUGAAAUCUCACCUGACAUACUUGGACAAGGCAGUUUUGGGACAGUCUACAAGGCCACCAACAUUGCCACGGGCCAAUCUUUCGCAAUGAAGAAGAUUGAAAAGCAGACUUUGGGAGUAACGGGACACAAGAUGUUGGAGAGAGAGGUGGCUAUAUUGAAGAGGGUGCAGCAUCCCCAUAUUGUGGCAUUGGAGGAGGUCUUUGAGACAAGCGAGGACACAUAUCUGUUUAUGGAGUUGUGUGAUAAGGGAGAAUUGAAGUCACUGCUUGAUAAUACAGAGCUCUCCGAACUUGAAUGUGCAGAGAUCAUCAAGAGAUUGUCCAGUACAAUCGCGUAUCUUCACGACAACGACAUUGUACACAGAGAUCUGAAGUUAGAGAAUAUACUUUUGAGCGCUGGUGUUAUUGACCCCGAGGAUAGAUUUAAUAUCAAGGUGACAGAUUUUGGACUAUCGUUCCUAACUGGAGGUAGUAAUACGUUUGGAAGUGACAAGAUGAUGACGACUACCUGUGGAACUCCCAUGUACAUGGCUCCAGAGAUAUUGGACAGUUCAGUUGGUUACUCUCAUCAAUGCGAUAUAUGGAGUAUCGGGAUUAUAAUGUUUAUUUUGUUAAGUAGGAAGACUCCAUUUGAGGCAGACUCCGAGGAUGAGCUGUACGAAAAGAUAAAAGCUGGAGAUAUAAAGUUUGAAGGUCCGGAAUGGGAAAACAUCAGCGAAUCAGCAAAAACUCUCAUCAAGUGCAUGGUGAAAGUGGACCCGGCAGCCAGAAUCACUGCUAAAGAAAUCAAGGAUCACCACUGGGUCAGAGGUGACAGUAACGAUAACAGUAACGACGACGACCAAAUGACAGUUAUUGAAAUGAUGAAGAUGUUCCACCGUGAAAACUUACCCCAAGCUGAUGUCGAAAUAAAAUUAACUGAGGUUUUAGAAGCAGAUGUUGAAGAAAAGAAGGAUGUUGUGGUUGAAAUUCCUACUCCUCGAAAGAAAUUUACUCCUAAAGAAAAGAAAGCCUUACCAGAAAAUCGACGUAUGUCUGUUGACCCGCAUCUUAUAGCGGCCAGAAAAAUGGGGACAAACUCACCCCGACGAACGUCACUGCCUACGACAGCGAAAACUACUCCGAUAAAAAUGUCGAGAAACAGAAAACCAGGACCCGACUCAAAGAGAGAUGAUAGAAAACAGACCAACUCCCAGACGGUGAAAUAAUAACAAUCAGCCCAACAUUGGAAACAUUUCUCCCGCGUUUUAUUUCGUGUUGUGUGACAAUAUUUCGGACCGGGCUAUCGAUCAAAUUUCCACUUAAUAUCAAGCUGGCCUGGCUUUAUAACAUUUCGGAUAUUUACUGCUUCAGUGCGGUAAAAUGCGGUAAAAUUGCAUCAAGAGCCUUGGAUGGCUGAUGUAAAGUUUUUUUGGAAUGAUGGUUAUGUUAGAGAGAAGUUUAAUCCAACAAGGCAAUCAAUAACAUUACGAGUUUAUGUACAUUUGACAUUGUAAAUAUUCUAUAGAGGUGUCGAAAUUGGAUUUCAGUUUUUGGAGGUUGGAACGAUAUUCAAGUUUGGAUUAAGUUACAUACACACUCAAACAUGGCAAAAUCCAAGAGGAUAGGUUUGCACCAACUUUGCCAUUCUUCGUUAUAUGCGGAUUUAUUAAAAGUUUGAUAUAUCCACCUUACAAACACAACAUGUUUAACAAACACAUAAUUUAUACACAGCCGUAUAAAGCUUGCCUCUAGAUUUCUUUCAUUUAAUUUAAUUCUAAUGAAAUGUCGAUAUCUUAGCGGCCUGCUUUUUGCCGACGUGGACGUUUUCCUGUGAGUGAAUGUAUAAGAAUGAGAAAACUGGUGGCACCUCGAUCUGAUUUUGUAAUUUUGAUUAUCGAUCGUACUGUUACAAUGAUUAAUGAAUAUUGUGCACUAAAGGCCUCGCCCACUGAUCAGGUUCAUGUUUUGAAAAUGUGAGAUUCCUACAGUUUUGACGAUGAAUAUAGUGAUAAUUUAAUGAGUUCCAGUAAUUUGUGAUUGUAAAAGUGUUGAUAACGAUCAGCAGUUGUUAAAAUCAAGCGUUAUUAGCUGUCCUGUUCCAAAGGAGCUAGAGUGAUUGAACAGCUUUUGGCAAAUGGGUAAUAGCUAUUAACCGGCUAUUAACCGGCUAGGCUGUCCGGCUGUUAGCAGGUCAAUUUUGUACCUAUAUAUCCUGCUUAGUAAAGAAUAGAACUUGUUCCUACGUGAAGCAUUUAAUUUUUUGUAAUAAUGCUAAAAUUUAACAAGUUAUAGAAUAUGUGUUAUAGUGUUAACUGUUUUCUAGCUUCAAUUUUUGUACUUAGCUUACUGCUUUAUUGCUCAGCAAGGCUUGCCUCGUCAGAGAUUAUUUUUGUUAGCUAUAGUUAUAAAAAUAAAAUGAAGAUAAAUUUAUACUAAAUGUGCUGAAAAACAUAUUCGACGAAGAAAAAAUGUAUUUUAUAAAACGAACAUUUCGUUAGUUACAC